GUUACGGGCCCGAUCCCGAACCCUCUCCGACGUCACCCAGCCAAGCUCUUGCACAAUAUUGAUACGAGCGCCUAAUAGAAGGUCAACGAUCACAAUACCUACCAAAAUGGCAUCAGCAACGGCCUUUCGAAGAGUAGCACUGACUGCGACUCGUCCCUCAAGAAUCUUCCACAGCUCUGCGCGUGCUUUCAUCAAAGUUGGUGAUACCCUCCCCAAAGUGGAAGGUUUGGUUGAAUCUUCACCGGGAAACAAGGUCGACUUGAGCAACGAGGUCAAAACGGGCAAAUCUCUCAUUAUUGGAGUCCCUGCCGCAUUCAGUGAGUCGGAAUAAACUCCUCGGACCUCUUUAUGCGAGGAGUUCGCUCUAAUUUUGGAAUCAGGUCCUGCUUGCAGCGAGUCUAUGAUCCCCGGCUAUAUCAACCACAAGGCUCUCAAAGAUUUCAAGAACGUCUUCGUCAUUGCUGUCAAUGAUCCAUUCGUCACAAAGGCAUGGGCCAAGUCAAUUGAUCCAUCUGGAAGCUCCGGUGUUAGUUUCUCAAUUCCCUAGACGACAACUCGUGAUUGCGUUAUGCUUACCAAGACAAACUGUAGAUCCGCUUCCUAGGAGACCCAACGGUCAAAUACACAAAGGCACUUGAUCUUACCUUUGAUGGUAGCGCCAUUUUUGGGGGCGAACGAAGCAAACGCUACGUUCUUGAAGUUGAGGACGGAAAGGUCACCAGGGCGCAUGUUGAGCCUGACAACACAGGAUUCAAUGGUAAGUUUCUUCUGAGAUUAGUUAAUGAGGACCAAAGCUUACAUGGCUAAAUAGUCACUGCCGCUGAAAAAGUUUUGGGUUGAGAUGAAAUGUUUGCUUGACGGAGAGAACACGAGCCUUGGACUAUCUCCCAGCCUGUCUCUCACGAACCCACAACCAUAAAAACUGUAAUAGUAGCUCCGGUGAAUCAAAAGUCUGAUAGUCAAUCAAAUCAAAUGGGUGCUCCUAUUCCGUCAACUUUUUUAGUGCGGCGCUAGCCGGGGACCCCUGCAGGGCCCGUGCCCUAAUAUAAGUAAAUUUUAGAUAGAUUCACUUCAUAUAGUAUCCAUAGCAACCGUUGACUGAUUAC